AUGGACAAAAUCAAACUCAGAAGUGAGCUACCAGAAAGGGAACCCAAUAUUCAUGGCCGCGAGAAGGAAAUUGAUGACAUUGUUCAAGCCCUCGUGGGGAAAAGCUGCACAACCCUGGCGGGCUUCCUUGUCACUGGAACGGCCGGAGUAGGAAAGUCUACGGUUGCCAUUCAAGCUGGGUACCGGCUGAAAGACGAAUUUGGAGCCAUUGUUAAGUAUUAUUCUUUGCGAGGCGCAUAUAAAGGGGGCAGAGAGGAUGACAGCGUGGUGAGAGAAAUCCUGAAUGUGUGUGUUCCAGGCAAUUAUCAAGGCACCGAGUUUCCAAAACACGUUCUGCUCAACUGGUGUAGACAGCUUGACAAUGAGAUGAUACUUAUCAUUGAUAACGUGGAGGAUGCUGUAGAGGGUCAUGAUAAAGACUUGUUUUUAAACUUGUUGAGUGAUAUGAGGAUGCGUUCAGAUUGCAAAAUAAAGUUCCUGAUAACCUCCAGUUUAGACGUUGAAACUGUCGGAACGGCUUCAAACAUUCUUCUUAGUAAACUAGACCUUGGUCCUUUGGAUGUUGCGGAUAGCAUAGAAAUUCUAAAGGACAGUGCUAAUUUGACGUCUAACACUGACACGGAAGCUAAAGCCAAAUUGCGCCAGAUAGCUGAACUUUGUGAGAACAUUCCACUUGCGCUUCGGCUAGCUGCUCCUUUCCUUGCAGAGGAAUCUGAAUACACUUUUGAGGAACUCAAACAAAAGCUUGAGCAGAACCCGGGCAGAACUCUUAGUGCCAAACCGAUAAUGGAAAUAGCCUUCGAAAAACUAGACAAGUCUUCGCAACGUGCGCUAGUUUCUCUAUCAGUGUUUCCUCAGUCUUUCAAGAGGGAUGCAGCAAAAGCAAUACUUGGCGAUAACUGUGCUAAUGCUUUGACAAAUUUAAAGAAAAGGUGUUUGAUACAGAAACAGGGCGACCGAUAUCUCCUUCACUUGUUGAUUAGAGGUUAUGCCAAGCAGAUCGGGGAAAUAGGCCAAUUUCGCCCAAUUCUUGUUGAUGGCAAGGAGGGUUAUCUCAAGCACCUCUUAACACUGAUUUUGAGAAAUGCACAGAAAUAUUGGGGGAAGGACACAUGUAAGGAGUCUUUUCAGCUGUUCAACGAGGAAAGGAUUAAUAUUGAGUACAUUCUUCAAGAAGUAGCCGGCGGUCAAGAGAAAGUCCAAAAUUGCAAGGAACUUGAAGAUGUAGUGGACGCUUGUGGCCAGGUAGCACCAUACAUUGAAGACUGCGUACCUUUUAAGCUUUAUGGUGACUUUCUUAAUGGCCUUCUUCAGUUUUCUCGAAUUCAGGGAAAUAAGACCAAACAAGUAGAGAUUUUGUUUCUCCUCUAUGAAGAAUCAAGGAGACACGGUGGAGACAUGAAGAAAUCAAAAGACCUCAUUGAGCAGGCUGUCAAACUGUACAACAACAAUCUGCACCUUUUUGAACAAAGUAAAUUGUCUAAAGCGUUUUUCUUGAGCCACUAUGGAAGAUAUCUGUCACAGGACAAUGAUAGAAGGGAAGAAGCACAACCUCUUCUAAAACAGGCACUCUCGAUUGUUGAAAAGGAAGUUGAUGAACAUGCCUCUAUAUUUGAUAAAGGUAGAGUUCUCAGUCAGAUGGGACACAAUGCAAGGCUUGGCAACAGCAAAACCGUAAAAAGAAAAAAGGAAGCUAACGAACGAAGACGAAAGGAGGCUCUCGAAUACUUUCAAAGAGCCCUGCACUUUCGUCAGUCCAGUUAUGGAGAGCAUGUUGUGACUGCGCUUGCGCACAAAGACAUGGCGGGUUACUGUUUGGAGAUGACAGAUUUUUGCAAAGCAAAAGAAAACUACGAAGCAGCUGUUCGAAUUUUUGAAGGUAUGGGAAUGAUGAAAAAGAAAGAGGCGAUUCCGACCUAUAAAAACUUUGGAAGGUGUCAUGAAAAGAGUGGUAACUUUGAACAAGCUCGAAGAUUAUUCGAGAUGGGAAGUGAAGUUGCUGCGAACACUAUCCAGGGAAAUCACAAAUGGAAAGUUGAGAUCAACACCAAUUUGGCAUUACUUCUGUAUAGAAAUUAUCCAGAUGAAGUACGUAAAGCUAAGGAGCUUGCCAAAAAUGUGUUCAGUAUGGCUAAAGAACUUAAAAUGGAGAACUGGUUUCAUAGAGAUGAACUUAGGGCGUUUUACCAAAAGGGAUAG